AUGGACUGCGGGGGUCCAUUGGCUUCAGAGAUCCAGCGCCUCCUCCAAGAUGAGCCAAUGUUUGAUUUUCUGUGCGAACGCACGUUCAGCAACCACUCGGAUCAGGGCGUCGUGACGCUGCGCAAGGUCGCCCCCAUGGUUCAGGGCAUACUCGAGUCUGCGGGCCGGUCGGUUUCAUCAACCGAGCUCUACAGCGUCUGGACGGAGCACUGUGAUCCUGAUAUGCAUCAGAUGGCUUUGUCUCACUUCAAGAACUUUUUGCGUGCACUCCUCCAGAACUAUGUGCAGGAUGGUGGUAAGCGCCGCGGUGAGUCCGAGCCAAGACCUGUUGUAACCCAGGCCAGCGCCAGUGGCACUUGGUCCAGAGGAGCAUUAGCAAAAGAAGAGCCAGCAGAGCAAGCUGAGCCAGCACAAAGGCCGACGGAUCCAUCCGGUCCGGUACCACGAACGGAGGAGUUGAAGUCUCAGGCAGCGCCUGAGGCGCAUCCUCAGCGAGGACAGGUGGUUCAGGGAAGCAGUCCGUCGUCUCAUACAACAGGCCCCAGCCGCGCUCUUGGCCGACCCCUCUCCGCUGAAGUGAGGGCAGGGGUACGAGCCGAGGCGCGGGCCGAACGCGAGGCGGCCAAAGCCAAGGCCACACCGGCAAGUUUGGGAACCUCCUCCCGGGGACGGGCACAGUCCCAGCCUAAGCCCAAGCGAGCUGCGGCUCCUGCGGCUCCUGCGGCUCCGGCCGCCGCGGCUUCGGCCUCCACUUUAACUCCGUCGCUUCAAGGCCGAGGUCGACUGUCGCUGCCGGAGCAACCGCGAGAUUCCCUAACAAAGGCCUAUGAGGAGUUGCCACAGGCAGCUGCGGAUUUACUGCCUGAUGAAGGUGGAGGGGGCCAGGGUCUUCAAGUGAAGACAGGGUCGGGCAUUUUCACGUCCAUGAAGGAGGCACUGAAAGAAAUGGAGAGGUUAAAGGAUGGGCUUUCCGAGACUUUGUACGCGGAUCCUAACUUCGGACCUGGAGUGCACGAUGCCGCCGCCUUGCCAAGCUCGGCUCCAUCUUUCAGGGACGUGGUGUGGUCGAGGCCCAAUGAGGUUUGGGAAUCCCAUUCCUUUUGUGGCGAGCUGGCCGAGGUGAAGCUGGGUAGCUUUGGCGACGCAUGGUUUCUGGGGGCACUUUGCUCCUUGUCCUUGCGAGAGCACGCGCUGUUUGGAGACCCGUCUGGGCACCAGGAGCCUUUGGGCGUCUACCCCCGGCUUUUCUGGGACCCCGAGUUUCGAAGGCGUGGCAUCUACUGCUUCCGCUUCUCGAAGCAUGGCUCCUGGUUUUACGUCCUCGUCGACGACCGGCUUCCGUUUCGACAGAAGGAGCCACUCUUCAGCCGAACCCAUGGCUUGGAUAAGGUGCCACAGAUCUGGGCCGCAUUGAUAGAGAAGGCUUAUGCAAAGCUUCAUGGCUCCUAUUUUGCGCUGUCACUGGGUUUUGUGGACGAUGCUUUAGAGGAUUUGACCUCUUGGCCAACGGAAAAAAUCCAAACCUCAAAGUUCGCAGCCAAGUUGGAUGCCGAUGGAGCCGUGGAUGAACAGGUCCUGCCGGCGGACAAGGAUCCCGGUGAACUUUGGCAGUUGCUUCUGCAGGAAAUGACCACUGGGACCUCGUUGCUUUGCUUGCGGGCGGAUUCGGGAAGCAACCUGUCGGAGAUGGUCCAAGUUGACCCACGUUUACUACACCUUGAGAAGAAGGAAGCAGGCCCUUUCUGCACUGGGGUGCACCGGAACUGGCCAUACCCUUUGCUAAGACUGCGCGAGGUGGAGUCAGAGUCUGAAAGCUUGCACCUGGCCCGCUUGAGAUCUUUCACUUCUGGUCGUUGGUGUGGAGCAUGGAGUGACCAGGACUCGGCAUGGAGUCAAGCUGGAGAAAUCGCCGAGCAACUGCAAAUCGAAGACUUCGCAGAGUUUCUGCCAGCUUGUGGUCUCCGAGCUGGCGGCGCGUCUCGCCCGCAGAUGCCUUUGCAGCACUUCAACCGUGAUCCGGCCGAGUUCCAUGAUGGAACUUUCAUCAUGGGAUUCCAAGACUGGCUGCAAGUCUUCAGCCACGUGCUCCUGCAACAGUCGUUUCUUAAUGAGGAUGACUGGCAGACACGGCGGUUGCAGGGGCAAUGGAAGCACGACACCUGUGGUGGUACGCCAAUUCCAGUGAUACAGCCCGUCCUUGCAACACCGGAAAGUUGGGGUCGGAACCCGCAGUGUCGAAUCACCCUUCAGGAUAGAGAUGCCGAGUUGUGCGUCACCCUUCAUCAGCAAGACGCACGUCUGCUGUCCGACUCACGUUAUUCUUCCUUUCCAUUCGAGGAGAAGUUGCGACAGAUUUUCGUGUGUGUCAUGUGGCUCAACGAUCCCGACGAGCGAUUAACAGUCUUCGACAAGAAGCGGAUUGUGCGCCACAACGCGGUCAGCGCUGCAAGCCUCCUGAGCCGGAGAAGAUCAGUUUCUCUGAAGACUCGCCUCACUGGUCCGGGAAGCUAUGUCAUAGUCCCUUCGAUAUGGGAACCUGACCUGGGAGAAACGGAUCGGCCAACUGCACGCGACCACCCGAAGGGCUAUGUUGGUUUCGUUUACGAAGAUGUCUUCAAAGAGCUCUACACUGGAACAUCAACUGCCUCAGCAGAUCCAGCAGAGGAUAAGGAGGAAGAGGCAGACGCCGGUGCAAAGACAUCCGCCAGUGCCAUAGAUUCCGAGAUCAAUCUCAACAAGGAAGCUGAACACAUCAAGGCCAUUGGGGACAAAGUCCUGGCUGAUGGCGAUCACGUGGAUCGCGUGCAGGAACUGCUUCGCACGAUUAGGCAGGCAGCGCGGGAAGGCGACCAGGACGAAGCAGCAGAGCUGCUGCAGCGCUGGGGCCUGGUAAUGUGCGAGCAGUUGCCUGUCCCGGAAAGCAAGUUGAAGCACAGAGUCGACCCUGAUGAGAUGGUGAGGGAAGGUCUCAUCGUACCGCGUCGCAUGAUGGAAGACAUGGAGCGCUUCUAUGAGAUCAAGAAAGGGCAGAUCCCUCAGCACGACAACCUCUUGGCGAUCUCCAAGCCCGAGGAGCCCAAUCAUUUCAAGAUGACGAGGUCCCUCCAGCUGCGCGCAGAGACCAAGCAGGUUAAAGCCACCCUCACAGAAGAGCAGAAGAAUCUGAUCACAGCUGACUUGCAGGAGAGGUUACGGAAGAGACCUCGCCAGCCAGCUGGACUCAAUGCCGACCAGAAGGCCAAGAAUCGGGAGAUUGUCAAGAGGAUGCAGAUGAAGGUCAACUUCCUGAAGAAUCCUCGAUUUCUGGCAGAUCGGCAAGGGAAGGACAGGGGCGAGCCCUGCCCCUUUUGGUUCACGCCAGAAUCGAUCUUGUUUCGAAAUUAUGAGAUCGGCGGCCUUUAUCAGAUCCAGGUGGACUUCCGCAACUCCACUGGGAUCAGUCGACGCUUGCGAGUUCUCCCCUGCAACAACACUGCGUUUUCCGUUAAGGAGCUCCGGUACGACAAGGAGCUGAAUGCCGAGAGGCCCGAGCUGGUCGGGCUCGAUCCUUUAGCGGCAGUGGUUGCGCCGGGGAUGGCUGCCCACCUCACGGUGUCUUUCGCGCCGAACACCCUCAAUGACGAGACAGAGUUUCUAAUGGUCUGUACAGAGAUCGGGGACUACCAGCUGCCUCUACUGGCCAGGAGAGAUCAGCCAAAGCUGAAGAUCGACGAGCCUGUCAAUUGCGGAUGCAUGCUGGCAGGAAACAAUAUCACGGAGCCGGUCAGAAUACGAAACUCUGGAGGCGAGGGUGCCUUUCGCCUGAUAGUCAGUGAGGAGGAGCCGCCAGAGGACUACUGUUAUGAAUCCUACCCUGGGACCGACUUGACGCUUGUUGUCGGCUCAUUUCGUAUCUCCCCGGCCUCCUUCUACUUGGACGCUAACUCCUUCACGGACUUGCGCGUGCGUUUUGAAGCUGACAAAGUCGGACAUCACAGGUGUCCCUUGUUCGUUGAAGGGGACAACGGUGUAAAGACGCCACUCAGCUUAGUCGCUGUGUGUGAUGCUGUCCGCCUGGAGCUUUGCAGAUGGCCCACCCUCCACGAAGAGUUGCCUCCCGCGGCAAUCGAAGAGGGCAGCUGCGCUUGGCAACUCGUCCCGUGGCAACUGAACUGGAUGCGGCCUGGUACGCAGGUUGGGCACAAGACCAAGCAGUGUAUCCAGAUUUCAAACGGUGGUUUCAUGCCGAUGAGAGUCGACUGGGCUCUAGCCCAGCCACCACGUCAGAUCUUGGCUCGGCUAGCCGUGGGUUCCAUCAACCGCUUGACCGACAAGUUGAUUAAUGAAAUCCACGACUGGAGGGUGCAUCUGCCCGGCAGCCACUUGACAGCUGCCUGUCCAUUCAGGGUGGAGCCGGCAUCAGUAACCAUUGAACCGUUUACCACAAGUACCUUCACUUUUACUUUCGAGGCAUUCGGACCUGUGGGGUCACAGUCCGCAGUUUUCGCAUAUCUGGUAGCACGCGAUUUGCCUGACAGCAUGGCCUGUUUGCUGCACUACAACCAGCUGGUGGAGCUGCAGGAUGAGAUGCGGCCAGAGAAUGACGCGUACUCCAAGCAUCUACCCCUUUUCGGAGGCAUUGUCAGUCAACCCUUCGACAAGAAGCUGAAGAGCACCGGCUCCACCGACCCACUGGACGUUAAGGUAGCAGAUCCAAAGGAUUGCGCCGUCAGCCGAGUCAUUACAGCCGUUUGCCUGCAGGGCCAGACUGUGGGGCCAACAAUUUCGGCAAUGCCUCGUGCGAUCGUUCUGUCAGGGGACGUGCUUCCUUUUGUUCCCAGCGUGCGCGAGAUCAAGGUCUACAACUCUGGCUCGAACUCAUCGUACUUCAGAGUUCGCUUGACAUCGACUCUCCAUGCAGCUGAUGCCAAUAAAAUUGAUCCGCUUUGGAUUGUCUCCGUGCCCGAAGUUGGCAUGAAGCCUGAGGAGCCUCAGCCGAUUCCGCAUGCAAACCCUGUCCUUGAAGAGAUGAGGCUGCAAGCAGCCCGGCUGGCCCAGUCGUGGCCGCCACUGCCACCAGAGCCAGGAAUCCCGGGAGCAUCACAGCUGCCUGGCUACGGAGCCUUGGCAUCAUGCGCAGUUGAACCACACGAGGGCCGUAUUCCACCCGGCGGUGCUGUGACGAUUCGGGUGACCCUUCGAGUUGUGCAUGAGUGCGACUUGGAUGGACAGCUCGUCAUUGACCUGCCACUGGAUGCGAAGAGCAGUGAGCCGGCAGCACCAGCUCUCAAGGUUGGCGUCUCAGCCGCUGUUCGAGCCCCGCGAGCCGAAAUGAGGAGCACAUCCAUGUUGGACUUCGGCGUUGUUCGAGCCCAUUCGAGGCACACACUGAAAGUGGUGCUGAGCAAUCCUACGCAACUUCCGAUGAUGCUGCAACUCCGACAGUUCAAGGACACCAAGCGCAAUCACGAGUUUCCCGUGGAGUCGCACCGGGAAGUUGUGAAUCUCUUCGUGGACGCUGUGAACCGGAGAAGUGCGGAAGGCUAUGCGGCCAUUGAGUCCGAGCAGUACCGCGAGGCGGCCGUGCAGCCUUGGGUCCAUUCGCGCAGUGGCUGCCUCGACCAAAGCGGCCGCCGCAAGUUCGGGGCAAAGUCGAGGAGCUCCGACGAUGGUGAUGAUCUAGAUGCUGUCAGAUUCGUACCAGACUCAGAGGACUUCGUCUUCCAUCCGGGGUAUUUGGCACUUUGGCCAGGCAAAAGCGGCGAGGUCGAAGUUACGCUUCGGACAGGAAGCGUCGGAAAAUACACGGCUUUGUUGGAGGCUGUUGGCUUCAAUUCUUUGCAUGCCCAGUGUCUUGACGUAUUUGCAUCUGUACAGCUGCCGCUGGUGCGUAUCAACACGCAUCAUGCUCAUUUCCCUGUGACUUACCUCAGGACAGCAUCCGAACCCAUGGAGGUGGAGCUUCGCAACGAGUCGGAAAUGCCGGCCAACUUCUCAUGGAAGGUCCCUGUAAAGAUGGAUGGCUGCUUGGAGGCUCAAAUCCAUCCGUCGCAGGGCUCCAUACCACCUAGAGAGAGCCGGAGAUGCACGAUCAUUGCAGUGCCUACGAAGAUCCCAGAUGAUGGUCACGCCGUUCUGCCAUGCCAUCUCUUCAUCGAAGAAAUCCUUCAGCCUUUAGAGCUGCGUGUGACUGCCGUUGUCUAUGGCUGCGAAGUGGACUAUGCCGUCGUUUCAGCUGGAGAGUUGCCUCCUGAAAUAGAGCUCAAACCACGACAGCCUGGCGAUUCACCAUGCGAUCCACGUGGCACGUAUAUGAUCACCAGCGGGAAAGCUUCGAGACGAAUGCCAGCGGUGGACUUUGGUGAGCUGCCACUCCAAAGGGCCAAAGUCAUGCAGGUGGUGCUGUACAACAGGACGGGCAUCGCGACACCUUACAGUGUGAAAGUCGACAAGAAUCCGGCCUUCGAUCCCUUGGUGAAGGGCCGGAAGAUAGGCGACUACCUCGACGCAGCAACUCGAAUGUACGCGCUGAUCAACCAAUCAGGUGGAGCGGAGCCUGAAAACCUAGGGGAGACUGUGAAGCAGAGCUUUGAGAACACUCCGCAGCCUGCUGGUGCCGGCCGCGAUGACAGCGACCCGAGGAUCAAAACGAAGAAGUUCAAGAGUACGUUGAACAAGACAAAGAAGACGAGCACCAAGAAGAAGAGGUGGAUUCUGGACGACAAGCACGAGCGCCAGGCCUUCCGCAGCAGCUUCGGGGCGGAUUUCGCGAAGCAGAAGGAGAUGAAAGAGCAGGGCCGAAUGGCGCUCCGUGCCGGCCGUGGCUUCGCGGUGAAGGCAGCACCAGCCAGCGACUGGCUGCAGCCUUUCAGCACGGCGGUGAUCACUGUGACGUCCUUCAGUGAUCUGCCCGGCCUCAUGGAAGACGAGCUGAUUCUCACGCUUCGAGAGCUUCCGGGGCACUCGGAGGGAGAGAACUUCCGCAUACCACUACGCUUGAAGUCGUACGGGAAUCCCCUGUAUCUUCCGGAUCAGCAAGUGGGCCUGAACACCUUGGCAUCUCCUCCCAGGCUGCUGUGCGGUGUGACAGUCCCGGCAGAGAAGCAGCUGAUGAGACGGUUCAAAGUGGGCAACAGCUCCGCGGCGAGGGUGGUGGUCAACUGGAAGAUCUUCCCCAAACUGAAGCUGGAGAAUAUGGCAGAAGAUCGAGCGAUGAUUCACGUGGGGCUAUGUGGCAGAAACUCGGGCAUAAAAGACCCCUUCGUCGAGGAACUUGGAGACAAGGACGUACCAACUCUGAAAAUAGAGAAUGACGGUGUGGAGGAGGAAGAGGAGGAGCUGGAUCCAGAAGAGCCGUUCAACUUCAAAAUUUGGUCGCAGCAACCUCCGCAAAUUCAAGAUCCGUUCUCUCUACCGGGAGAUGAACUGCCAGUGGUUAUCGAGCCGGUAGAAGCGGUGGUGCCAGAGCACGGAACUGCCAGCUUCACCGUGACCAUGACGUGCUUGAAAGCGACCCUGACAGCGGCAAGCAACUACCGGUACACUCUGAUAGGAGACUGCCGCUUCACAGCUGAUCGCGAGCAACGCUUGGCCUUCGCUGAAGCCAAUCCAGACGAGGAGUAUGACGAGCGGCCACCCCAAACAGCUUAUGUGACCCUCAGCCAGGAUGCUGAAGUGGAGAACCUGCCAGACAUCCAGCUGGACGGACGGGAGGUCGUGGAUGACGACUCGGACAUCGAAGUGGAUCCCAAGUCGCUGCUCCAGGAGCCUCUCGUGGAGGUGCCAGCGCCGCUCGAGGUGGCGACGACGAAGCGCUUCAAGCGCAAUCGUGCAGGGCCGCCACCUCCACAGCCUUUGGCCGUGGAGCUUGUUGUCAAAGAGCCAAAUCUGGAUGUGCUCGCCACGAUUGUGAUCGACUGUGUGGGGGAUUGUGUUUUGCCCAGGUUGACAGUGGACAAGAAGGGAAACCCCGCAGUGGAGGAGUUCCCGGCACAAAACAAGGAGCAAGAUGACAUCGGAGAUGAUCGGGAGCCUCCCGUUCUCAAUGCGCCGGUGUUUAAGUUCACUUGGUCCUCGGUGUCUCAGGGGUCUCAGCCAUCGACGGGCCCCUCGCAUGGAGGUGCAGUCGGCGGCACUCAGGUUACGGGCAUUUCUUCAUGCCUGGUCCGCCAAAUCAGCUUCUCCAACCACAACGCCGCAAAGAUCACCUGCAAGUUUCGGGUUGAAGGCCCAUUCAGGAUUCAGCUCAUACAACAGGGCGGCGCACAUCCAGUGCUGAAUGACAGCUCCAGCGGUAAGGCCAAGAAGGACGAGCAGCAAUCGGACAUUCGAAAGCUUUUCGUGCUGUCGAGAUGGGAGACGGUGACACUGCAUGUGAUGUUCACCCCUGAGCAGAUUCCAGUGUCUGAGUGGGAGCACUACUUGACCAAGCACGAGCAUGUCUUCAGGGGCGAUUUGAUUGUGGAGUACCCUCGGGAUACGGACGGUGAGCUCGACACGCACAAGGACGAUCUCCAGAGGAUCCACCUGGUCGGUACUGCCAGGCGGCCAGCCGUCCGAGUGCACGUUGUGCCGAACGAGUUCGAUCGCCCGAUACGGCUCGAGCGGGCCGAGAGACCGCCUUGGUCUGAGCCAGUCCCUGUGGUCGUGGAAUUUGGCUACACGCAUGUGCAGAGCUCUGCGACCAGAUUCCGAUGUAUCCUUAUCUCGAACAUCACAAACACCCUGGCCAAAUGGUCUUUGGUACAUGUUGGCCGCAAACGAAAGGCUGCACCGGUGAUCGGUGCUACUUUGCCGGAAGAGGAAGAAUUUCGUGCGUUGGACGACAAGGAUGCUUUUGAGUUUGAUGUCAGUGGUGGUGAACUUCCUGGCCCAUCCAAAGACGGCUUGGUGCCUGGUUCGGAAGAACGCUUGCCUCACUGGUGUGCCAAGAGCUCCGCACUUCCCAGAGCACCAGCAUUUCCGGACGAAGAGCGCUUCGAUCCACAGCGACUGAAAAUCUCCUUUAGACCCAAGAAGAACGAGCUCUAUAAAUGCAGGUUUCGAGUUCAGGUUGAGAGUGGACUCAGCAUUGACUUCAUCUGUAGAGGCACCGGCAGCUACGAUGAAGAGGACGACAAUUUAGAUUUUCACGUGGAAAGGGUGACAGACGGAGACGAAGUGCUGGGCAAGUCGAGGCAAGGCAACUUGCCCUGUAGGCUCGUGCGCGUCGAAGAGGCUGGGGACGCUAUGGCCAACAAGCUGCGGCCACAGGCCACCAGCCCGCUCAUCGAGCACUUAAAAGCACGAGAGCGGCUGGUUGAUCUCGCGGAACUUUCUGGACAUAUCAGCGAGAUAGCCCAGGAUCAGUAUGGCUCCAGGUUGAUACAGCAAAAGCUCGAGGUGGCGAGCGACGAGCAGAAGCAAAUUGCAUUCAAGCAGGUGCUUCAAAAGAUGUCGCAGCUGACGACCGAUGUUUUCGGAAAUUACGUGAUACAGAAAUUCUUUGAGUAUGGAAACUCUGAGCAGAGGCGUAUCCUCGCGGAGCAGCUGGUGGGACAAGUCUUGAAGCUUUCGCUCCAGAUGUAUGGGUGCCGGGUCGUGCAGAAGGCACUGGAUUCGGUUCCCAUCGAACAGCAGGUGCUUUUGAUUGGCGAGCUGAAAGGUCACGUCAUCAAAUGUAUUGAGGAUCAGCAUGGCAACCACGUCAUCCAAAAAUGCAUUGAACGCCUUCCGACCGACCGGAUCGGCUUCAUCGUCGAUUCUUUUGCAGGUCAGGCUUCUCGAAUGGCCAAACACUGUUAUGGCUGCAGAGUUAUUCAGCGGCUAAUAGAAUAUUGUGCUUCGGCCCAGAUAUCUGCACUUCUCGACGAGGUGUUGGGUUGCUGCGGCUCGGCAUACGAGAGCACCGCUCAAAUCCAGAUGCCAUGUGGAGCGGCAGCGGCACCAGCACUAGCGCUAGUACCAGCCUAG